CACAUUUCGCACUAGAAGAUUCAGAAGAAACGUGCAGCUGUUACGAAAGUAUACGAAGAUGCUUGAACAGCCUUCGGCCAUUUAAUCAACCUGGUUUUGGAAGUUACACCUUGUACAGCGCCCAUCUGCACCAUGCAAUACUGCUUUUCGCAUUACCGCCGUAACCCUUGCUGUUAAAGCACAAUACUAAUUUAAAUUGCUUUGUCGUAAAAUAUUUAUGUUUGCGGUGUUUUGAAUUUGCAUGGAUCCCUGAAGCCAAACAACGCUUAUUUUUAGUGCAUUUGACCUUUUCUACGAUCGCGCCCUGGGUGCUUUAAAAUUUAAUUUGUUGUUAAAAAUCAGUUUUUUAAAAAUGUAUUUUACAUUUUCGCUGUUUAUCGUUGCUCUUGGGAUUAUUGCUGCACAUGUGGACUGUCUCCAACUUCAAAGCUGUGAUGACCAUCCACGCGUCCGACUGCAUCAGGUGGAUCUCAAUCCAUCAGAUAUCCAUUCUAAUCAAGAAUUAGGAAUAGAUGCUAUUUGGAAUGUUGUACAAGAAAUUGAUAAACCAUUAAAAGCCGAGGUUAAAUUGUUCAAAAAGAUCGGAUUUAUCAAAGCACAGCUUCCUUGCAAAAAUAAUAUUGGAUCGUGUACUUAUGACCUGUGUGCGGAUGGCUCAGUUCCAAUUUGUAAUACCAAACGAGGCAUGCACCGGUCAAACGGAUACAAGUUAAAAGUUCCGAAUUUCCCACCAGAAGCCCUGGGAAGCUAUGAUGUCGAAAUAAGGAUUGUGGACGGCAAAAACCGAAAUUUUGGAUGCUGGAAAACUAGCGCCAAUGUUGUGAGAUAGGUGAAGACUUUGUUAUCUAGACAGCUAGCUAGUCGGUUAUGUAAUGACCUUCUGGCACGUAAUGGAAAUUUGCUCUGAGAAAAUAAAACAAAGAAUGGUACUGAUAGUUUCUCAAUCGUCAGAAGUGAUUCUGAUGCACAAUCUUGUCAUAGUAUAUAGUUUAGAAACCGUACUGUCAUAAAAUUCAUACACCGGUAUAAUGAAUGCUUCGGAACAACCAAGUAUGCGAAAUAAACAUCUGUAACUACUGUACUUU